GGUGGUGAUCAGCCAAUGGGCUGGGUGGAUAGGACGCUCCUCCCGGAGAGUAGUGAGACCCCUGGUGCGUCCCGAUUGGCUGCAGGAGCAGUGACUGACAGACGCACUAUCCAAUGGGCGCUGUGCGUGGGCCGCGGGGCGGGGCCAGGGCGGGUGCGCGGCGGCGGCGGGGUGGCUGGGCCGGCGGCGGCGGCGGUACGAGGCGCGCGCUCGGGGUCCCGGUCGCGAGGAGGAGGAGGAUGUGGCGCGCGGAGGGGAAAUGGCUGCCGAAAACAAGCCGGAAGGGGUGUUAGUGAGCCUUGGAGAAAUGAAGAGUUGAAUACCUGCUGUGUAUGUUGGCGUAGACCCAGGACAGUCAUCCGUUUCUGGUGCUGGCUCUUCUGUGCCCUCCUCCAGGCCACUAACUACCUUUGGGAGUUGUCCCUGUCCAGCAGAGUGCCCCGCACGUGGACUGUGAAGAGCGUUUCCCAAAGUGUAUUCUGCGGAACUAGCACCUACUGUGUUCUCAACACCGUGCCACCUAUAGAAGAUGAUCAUGGGAACAGCAAUAGUAGUCAUGUAAAAAUCUUUUUACCGAAAAAGCUGCUUGAAUGUCUGCCGAAAUGUUCAAGUUUACCCAAAGAGAGGCACCGCUGGAACACUAAUGAGGAAAUUGCGGCUUAUUUAAUAACAUUUGAGAAGCAUGAAGAAUGGCUAACCACAUCCCCUAAGACAAGACCGCAGAAUGGCUCCAUGAUACUCUACAACAGGAAGAAAGUGAAGUACAGGAAGGACGGGUACUGUUGGAAGAAGAGGAAAGAUGGGAAAACAACCAGAGAGGACCACAUGAAGCUCAAAGUCCAGGGAGUGGAGUGCUUGUACGGCUGCUAUGUCCAUUCCUCCAUCAUCCCCACUUUCCACCGGAGGUGCUACUGGCUCCUUCAGAACCCCGACAUCGUCCUGGUGCACUACCUGAAUGUGCCGGCCAUCGAGGACUGUGGCAAGCCCUGUGGGCCCAUCCUCUGCUCCAUCAACACUGACAAGAAGGAGUGGGCGAAAUGGACAAAGGAGGAGCUCAUCGGGCAGCUGAAGCCCAUGUUCCAUGGUAUCAAGUGGACCUGCAGCAACGGGAACAGCAGCUCAGGCUUCUCAGUGGAGCAGCUGGUGCAGCAAAUCCUUGACAGCCACCAGACCAAGCCCCAGCCUCGGACCCACAACUGCCUCUGCACCGGCAGCCUGGGAGCGGGCAGCAGCGUGCAUCAUAAGUGUAACAGUGCCAAACACCGCAUCAUCUCACCGAAGGUGGAGCCACGGGCUGGGGGCUAUGGGGGUCACUCGGAGGUGCAACACAAUGACGUGUCAGAGGGUAAACAUGAACCCAGCCACGGCAGGGGCACAAGCCGGGAAAAGAGGAACGGCAAGGUGGCCAAGCCAUCACUGCUGCACCAGAACAGCACGGAGGUUUCCUCCACCAACCAGGUGGAGGUCCCUGACACCACCCAGAGCUCCCCGGUGUCCAUCAGCAGCGGGCUCAACAGCGACCCAGACAUGGUCGACAGCCCAGUUGUCACAGGUGUGUCCAGCAUGGCAGUGGCCUCUGUGAUGGGGGGACUGUCCCAAAGUGCCACAGUGUUCAUGUCAGAGGUCACUAAUGAGGCCGUGUACACCAUGUCCCCCACCGCUGGCCCCAACCACCACCUCCUCUCGCCUGAUGCCUCUCAGGGCCUUGUACUGGCUGUAAGUUCUGACGGCCACAAGUUUGCCUUCCCCACCGCGGGCAGCUCAGAUAGCCUGUCCAUGCUGCCCACCAAUGUGUCCGAAGAACUGGUCCUCUCCACCACCCUUGAUGGUGGCCGGAAGAUUCCAGAAACCACCAUGAACUUUGACCCUGACUGUUUCCUCAAUAAUCCAAAGCAGGGCCAGACAUACGGGGGUGGGGGCCUAAAAGCUGAGAUGGUUAGCACCAAUAUCCGGCACUCGCCGCCUUCGGAGAGGGGCUUUGGCUUCACCAGCGUCCUCACCAAGGAGAUCAAGACCGAAGACACCUCCUUUGAGCAGCAGAUGGCCAAAGAGGCAGCGUACUCUUCCUCAGCGGCGGCUGCAGCAUCCAGUUCCCUUACCCUGACUGCGGGAUCCAGCCUCCUGCCAUCGGGCGGUGGCCUGAGUCCCAGCACCACCCUUGAGCAGAUGGACUUUAGUGCCAUAGACUCCAACAAGGACUACGCGUCCAGCUUCAGCCAGACAGGCCACAGCCCCCAUAUCCACCAGACCCCCUCCCCCAGCUUCUUCCUGCAGGAUGCCAGCAAACCCCUACCCCUUGAGCAGAAUACCCACAGCAGCCUGAGCGACUCUGGGGCCACCUUUGUGAUGCCCACGGUGAAAACGGAGGCCUCAUCCCAAACCAGCUCUUGCAGUGGCCAUGUGGAAACACGGAUAGAGUCUACGUCCUCCCUGCACCUCAUGCAAUUCCAGGCCAACUUCCAGGCCAUGACGGCAGAAGGGGAGGUUACCAUGGAGACCUCGCAGGCAGCUGAAGGGAACGAGGUCCUCCUCAAGUCUGGGGAGCUGCAGGCCUGUGGCUCUGAGCACUACCUGCAACCAGAGACCAAUGGGGUGAUCCGAAGUGCAGGUGGUGUCCCCAUCCUCCCAAGCAAUGUGGUGCAGGGACUCUACCCGGUGGCCCAGCCCAGCCUGGGCAACACGUCUAAUAUGGAGCUCAGCCUGGACCACUUUGACAUCUCCUUCAGCAAUCAGUUCUCAGACCUGAUCAAUGACUUCAUCUCUGUUGAGGGGGGCAGUGGUACAAUCUACGGGCAUCAGCUGGUGUCGGGGGACAGCGCUGCACUCUCACAGUCCGAAGAUGGGGCACGUGCACCCUUCACGCAAGCGGAGAUGUGUAUUCCCUGCUGCAGCCCCCAACAGGGCAGCCUGCAGCUGAGCAGUGCCGAAGGCGGGGCCAGCACCAUGGCCUACAUGCAUGUCGCCGAGGUGGUCUCAGCUGCCUCUGCUCAGGGCACCCUGGGUAUGCUGCAGCAGACCGGACGGGUGUUCAUGGUGACUGACUACUCCCCAGAGUGGUCUUACCCAGAGGGAGGAGUGAAGGUCCUCAUCACAGGCCCAUGGCAAGAAGCCAGCAAUAAUUACAGUUGCCUGUUUGACCAGAUCUCCGUGCCGGCAUCCCUGAUUCAGCCUGGGGUGCUGCGUUGCUACUGCCCAGCCCAUGACACGGGUCUUGUGACCCUACAAGUUGCCUUCAACAAUCAGAUCAUCUCCAACUCGGUGGUGUUUGAGUACAAAGCUCGGGCCCUGCCCACACUCCCUUCUUCUCAGCACGACUGGCUGUCAUUGGACGAUAACCAGUUCAGGAUGUCCAUCCUGGAGCGGCUGGAGCAGAUGGAGAGGAGGAUGGCCGAGAUGACGGGCUCCCAGCAGCACAAGCAGGCGAGCAGCGGAGGCGGCAGCGGAGGCGGCAGCGGAAGUGGUGCCGGAGGGGGCCAGGCCCAGUGUGCUUCUGGCACCGGGGCCCUAGGGGGCUGCUUCGAGAGUCGUGUGGUUGUAGUCUGUGAGAAGAUGAUGAGCCGAGCCUGCUGGACCAAGUCCAAGCACCUGAUCCAUUCCAAGACUUUCCGUGGAAUGACCCUGCUACACCUGGCUGCUGCCCAGGGCUAUGCCACCCUGAUCCAGACCCUCAUCAAAUGGCGCACAAAGCACGCAGACAGCAUUGAUUUGGAACUGGAGGUUGACCCCCUGAAUGUGGACCACUUCUCCUGCACUCCUCUGAUGUGGGCCUGUGCCCUAGGGCACUUGGAAGCAGCGGUAGUACUGUACAAAUGGGACCGCCGUGCCAUCUCCAUCCCAGACUCUCUGGGAAGGCUGCCUCUGGGAAUUGCCAGGUCGAGGGGCCAUGUGAAAUUAGCAGAAUGUCUGGAGCACCUGCAAAGAGACGAGCAGGCCCAGCUGGGACAGACCCCCAGGAUCCACUGUGCCCCAAGCGAAGAGCCAAGCACAGACAGCUGGAUGGCCCAAUGGCACAGGGAGGCCAUGAGCUCUCCAGAAAUACCCAAAGGAGUCACCGUCAUUGCAAGCACCAAUCCAGAUCUGAGAAGACCUCGGUCUGAACCCUCUAAUUACUACAGCAGUGAGAGCCACAAAGAUUAUCCGGCUCCCAAAAAGCAUAAAUUGAACCCUGAGUCCUUCCAGGCAAGGCAGGAGAAACUGCUUUGCACUGCACUGAGUCUGGAGCAGCCAAAUAUCAGGAAGCAGAGCCCUAGUUCUAAGCAGUCUUCCCCCGAAACAAUGAGCCCCAGUGAAGGAGUGAGGGACUACAGCCGGGAAGCCUCCCCUCCCACUCCAGAGUCUGCAGCAUUCCAAGCCUCUGCACCUCAGCCUGUAGUAAAGUGGAGUUCCAAAGAUCUUUACAUUGGUGUGUCUACAGUACAGGUGACUGGAAAUCCGAAGGGGACCAGUGUAGUAAAGGACGCGGCGCCUUCACAGGUGCGUCCGAGGGAACCAAUGAGUGUCCUGAUGAUGGCUAACCGAGAGGUGGUGAAUGCAGAGAUGGGGGCCUACCGGGGUAGUACAGAGAGCGAGGAAUGCCCCCAGCCCAUGGAUGAUAUUCAGGUGAACAUGAUGACCUUGGCGGAGCACAUUAUUGAGGCCACACCAGACCGAAUCAAGCAGGAGAACUUUGUGCCCAUGGAGUCCUCAGCCCUGGAAAGAACAGAUCCCGCCACCAUUAGCAGUACAAUGAGCUGGCUGGCCAGUUACCUAGCUGAUGCCGACCGUCUGCCCAGUGCUGCCCACAUCAGGAGUGCAUACACUGAGCCCCUAACUCCUUCUUCUAAUGCCAGCUUGAGCCCCGCAGGCUCCCCUGUCAGUGAAGUGGCUUUUGAGAAACCCAGCCUUCCCUCGGCUGCAGACUGGUCAGAAUUCCUGAGCGCAUCCACCAGUGAGAAGGUAGAGAAUGAGCUUGCUCAGCUCACGCUGUCCGACCAUGAGCAGAGAGAACUCUACGAAGCUGCCAGGCUUGUCCAGACUGCCUUCCGGAAAUACAAGGGCAGACCCUUGCGGGAACAGCAAGAAGUGGCCGCUGCCGUCAUUCAACGCUGUUACAGGAAGUACAAACAGCUGACAUGGAUAGCCUUGAAGUAUGCACUUUACAAAAAGAUGACCCAGGCAGCCAUCCUCAUCCAGAGCAAAUUCCGAAGUUACUACGAGCAGAAACGGUUUCAGCAGAGCCGGCGAGCUGCAGUGCUGAUCCAGAAUUUCUACCGGAGUUAUAAAAAGUGCGGCAGGAGACGGCCAGCCCGCAGGACAGCAGUCAUUGUGCAGCAGAAGCUCAGGAGCAGUUUGCUGACCAAAAAGCAGGACCAAGCUGCUCGAAAAAUAAUGAGGUUUCUACGUCGCUGUCGUCACAGCCCCCUGGUGGACCAUAGGCUGUACAAAAGGGAAAUGAAUAUUUUUGGAACACAGUGGUGUGUGUUAAAUUGCAGACAACAUGCUCUCUGUCAUUCUUAUUGGGCCUCUCUGUCUUUUUUAUUUUGCAAUCCAAAUGAGAUUUCUGGAAUAUGGCAAGAUCUCUCUUCUUUCCCUAAAUUCCCCACAAGCUGUUGCAGCCCUGAGAGCAACAGAGUGAAAGAAUUGAAAAAGGCCAAGGAACUUGAAGACAUACAGCAGCAUCCCUUAGCAAUGUGACAUUGCUUCUCAGACUGUUUUCAUUUCUGUUUUUAGCAGAGACAUGCAACAACAAACAUACGCGUGCGCGCACACACAUACACACACACACACACACACACACACACACACACACACAAUCCCUCUGCAGUUUUGGGGAGUCAGCUGCAGGAUUUUAACAAGAAUGUUUUGGUCAUUGCAUUUGCACUUUCAUGGACAACUUUUAAUUUGAUCAGCAAGACAUCUUGGAACUCAAUCUUCUGUUGGAUCACAGGAAAACAAGACACCAGGAGGAACUGGAAGGGCUUCCUCAUCUUAGGAAGAAGCCACUUUCCUUGUCAUUAGGGCUGUAUUCAAACAUCGUGUGGAACUGUACAAAUAUUUAUACCAAAAAUAUAGAUAAGAACAGGUGGGGCGAUGCUAGCAACACAAGGAAUGCUGGGCCUGCACCUUCGGUUACUUCCAAGAAGCUGAAUCUUUGGUUCUCAGUGGAGGGCUUAGAUCACCCAAGUCAUUACUGAGUCUGUGUGUUCUCAUUUCCUUCACUGUUUUCUUUUGUUUGUUCGUUUGUUUGUUUGGAUCUCUACAGCACACUUAAUGCAACUUUUAAAAUCUGCAGGUUUUUAAUGUCUUGUGAAAAUUUGCAGAGGGGCGGGUGUGUGGUAAAUGGGUAAUGCACGGGAAAUAAUGAGAAACAGCUUACAGAAUUAAAUUUAUUUUCUUGUCCCCACCACCUCCCAAGAACCUGCGAGGAUAGUGAUCGAUUCGUCCCUUUUCUCAUGUUCAGCACUUUAAUUUGUUGGCCUUACUUUCACUUGCAAUGAGAAUUACUUAAGAAUUGGUAAAGCAUGUAGCCUUUUUUAGUAACCUUGGAAACCGCAGUGAUUCCAAGGAAUCAUAAACCUUGCCUGGACAUUUGCCACCUAAACGACAGUGUGGUGCUGCAUUCUGGCCAGUAAUUCCAUGUUUUGGCUCUAUCUCAUCCAAACAGAGUGGCUUCUGUGUACAUAUAAAAGGUAGAAAUGAAAAAAGCAAGAAAAUAUUUGAAAGGGGUUAUAUUAAUUGCUAAAUAUUUUAUUCACAAAGGUUAAUAACAUGGCAAGAUGAAAUUAUUUGUAUAGUUUUGUCUGAAUGAGCGAGAACAAUGUGGAUGUAUUGUUUGUAUAUAUUGUAUAUAUUAAAACAAAGAUGUGCAUGAAAUCAAGAAAAAGAACAAAAGCAAAGCAUUAGUGGCUAUGGUCUGUAAAAUGAAACAAAAAAAAAACUUUAUUUCACUAUAAGAGUACUUUAUUUUAAAUGUUCUGUAGAAGAACAUUUUGCUAAAGCAUGACUAACCUGCAAAAAAAUAAAAAAGAGCUACUGUAUUUAGAAAUAGGAAAAAAGGCAGAGUAGCAUUACUUUAAAAAAAAAAAAAGGAUAUGUUUACAUUUAAUUUUGGCUACCAGGAGUUUAUUUUAAUUUAUUUAAAAAAAUUUUUUUGCCAAAGGUGCCAAGUAAUGUGAAUGCUAAUAUUGCUUAAGAAAAUUAAGUUACUUUUGCAAAAUAGAUAAUCAUAAGAUGAAUCCUUACAGAACUUAACACCAUCCACUCACACCAACAAAAAACAUUAGAAUGAUCAAAAUUUGACAAAAGAAUUAGUGUGAAAUUAGAAAAAAAUGACGUUUUCAUAUCUCCUGCUGAAAAUCAAAAACUGAAAAAUAACGAAAAAAUAAAAGUGAAAAAAAAAUGGAGACUGGUGUUGAAGGGAUGCCACGGUAUAUUACUCUUUCCAUGUAAUGAGGAGCCAAAGAAAUCUGAUGCUUUUAAAAUUAAACUAUUCAUGUCAAAUAGAGAGAACCAAUUUUGCAUUUGCUAAUGCCAGUUUAAAAUCCCAGGUUAAGUGUGAGAAUUGGUUGGUAUGAGAUUUUCUUUAAAAACAAAAACAAAAACAUGGUUCUGGCUGCCAACUGUGAGUUAAAACUCAAGGCUUGUUGUGAAGCCUAAAAAUAUUCACAAAUGAGCUUUAAACUGGUGUCUUCAGAAGGAAGGGAGAAACAAAAAGACUGUGGUUAAAAAAAAACUGGGGUCAGUGCUCUUGGUGCCUUUUCUAUAAUUGUACUUGUUUUUUAAUUACUUCCUUUCACUGCCAACCUCAAAUUACUGUACAGUAUAUGUCUUUCUGCUUGUGAUCAGCUUGGACAACAGUGACAGCCCCACAGCUAGUAGCCACCUGUACAUUUGUAAGCUGACCUGACCCAAUUUUGUUUUUACAUGUGUGGGUUAUGUUGCAGCUGUUGCAAUCCUUGCCCUUACCCCCCAUUCCUAUUAUUUUACACAGUUUGACCUGUCUGAGGACACGGAGUAAUUUAUAAAAACACAAUUGUAUUCAUAACAGGGAAUAGAAUGUAAAGCCAGCUCUUUCAGAAUAUCCUAUAUUAAUACUGGAUUUGGAUACAUUUACUCCAUUGCUUAUGGUUCAGAUAACUGAUCAUUUGACCAGAGUAAUGACCUCAGUGGAUUUGCUUCAACCCUCACAUUUAUUUUUUUAAAUGUUUCACAUGCCACAUUAUUAGCUCAGUAAGUUAGAAAAUUCUGGAAAAUAGAGACAUAGAAUUAGGAAGUUCUUACGGAGGGGAUAGAAGUAGGGUCAAAACCUACCAGUACAACUGUGAAUUCUAGGUGAGGUCGAAGCGUACUUCCACUGAAACAAAGCAUUUUUGACCACCUUUUUUGAUUGUGACUCUUAAUUUUGAAUAUAAGGUGAUAAGUAGGCGCAGCUUUCUUGGAUAAUCUGAAUUCCCAAGUGCCAGGAGUAGGAUUUCAUUAUAAAAUUAAUAGCUAAUCUUAUUCUGUCUCCUGAAGAUUUAAUUGCUAUCCUUGUUACCCAUUCAAAAUCAGCUGUACUGUGUGAAUGAAAUAAAGACAUUACGACGAACCCCUUUCUGGCUGCACGGUCGCUUAUGGCAGUUCCACACAGUAGUUGGCGCCCAACGGGGGGUCCCUGAGACUUGCAUGUAAAACUAGUCUAGAUGUCUUCUUUUUUGUAAGUUUUAUUUUUGUAAUUGUGCAUGUAAAGCAUCAUUGAGUCAAUGGAUCUGUUGAAGAACUCAGCUGCUGGAAACCAUGCAAAAUGUUUUGAAUUGCCCUUAAAAUAUGGAAAAUGUUUUCUGAAUGCUUUAUAUUCUUUCUGCUGUAAAUUAAAAAUGAAGAAAAUUUCCCCAUA